AUACAUUCGGCAGAUAGGGAGCUUCCUCAGCCUGUAUGGAGAAGGAUGGAGGCAGUUUCUCUCAGCGGACCUGUAAAAACCACAACAGGGCACUCAUAUCCAACAGGGAAGAUCCAGGUCAUGGGAGACACUUUCAUGUUCACCCUCGAUGUGAGUGAAUUUUCUCCAGAAGACGUUAUCAUCACAACUUCCAACAACCUGAUAAAGGUGCAGGCGGAGAAGCUGGGAGAAGAUGGUGCAGUCACAAACACUUUCUCCCAUCAAUGCAAACUACCAUCGAGUGUGGACCCCGCAUCUGUGACCAUGAGCAUAGAGAGCAGCGGGGCCCUGACUGUCAGAGCUCACAGACUGUUUUAGAUACCAUCUCCCCGUGUUUACGUUUUAACGCUGGAGUAUAGCAAACUCUGGUGGUGGACGAGAAAUACUACUGGACAAAUGUAAAAUGCCUUUUGCUGGUCUAUUAUAAAAAUGUGUGAUGUUCAAUGACUCUCGCGUAACGCGACGAGACAAUAUAGUCCAAACAUGUCAAUGACUGUUAAAAUAAAAUACAAAGUGAGUCUAUAUUGGUGAAAUUACAAAAAUACAAAAAACUUACUUAUUACGAAAAAAAGUCUUGAUCUACGUUUUUACAUCAACAUCUUUCAUGAAA